UUCUUCCUACAUACAGGCACAAUUCACUUCUCUAUUCCUUGAACCGGUUGCAACACACAGGAAAAGACGCUGUCUCAAUACUUUCAUGAAAGCUCCUGCUCUCACACACAAACACACACACAUUGAGCAUACAAAUCUCCAAGUCUCUAAAAGAGAGUUGAAGAUUGUUGGCCUUCCGGAGAUAAGAACAGGUAAAAGUGGGAGAACCUUGCCUAAAGCAUGAGAAUGGGAAUGAAGUACACUGAGCUGUUCAUACCAGAUAUAAAACGUCAGGACAAGUGAACUCAUGGAGAACAUCUACUAAGAGAGUCUUCAUUUCGUGGCAGUCUGAAAAUUCCAAAAAAUAUGGAUUAUACAUCACAGCUCUCAAGUCUUCUCAAGUCUUAGCUUUCUAAACAGCAUUACAGAAAACACAACAGAGGAUCAUCAUCAAAAUACAGAAAUUCCAAGAGGUAUUGUAUAAGAGUCACAUUUGUUUUAAGCUAUAUAAGCAUUGCAACAUAUAAGUAAGUUCUCAUGUACUGGUUUUAGUAUGUCUGUAAACAGAAUGGGGAGGGAACAAUAUUAAGAGGUCAAUAUAAAACUGGAAUUGUUAUUUUGGAAGUAAUGUGCAAUUCAAUACGGGUAAGUGGAAUAAUACUGGGAAUGAGAUAUUAAAGAAACACAACAGUCAGGGCCGCAUUUGCCAUAAGGCCACGGUCUCUGAGUGCCAGAUAGAAAUAUUAAAGUACUCCCUCACUUGCCAAUCCAUUCCCUUGCAGUGGGGCCAAAAUGAGAGGAAGAUCUUCCCGGCCCUUUUUGACCUCCCUUACCGACCCACAUCUAUUGCAUGAGAGCAUUGCUGCAGGUUACCACAACAAUGCUCUGAUACAUUUCACAGCGACGGCUGGAAGGAGCUGUCUGCAGCAACAGGGGGUGCAGAGAGCAACAUCUUUCACUGGAAAACAGGGAUCAGGAUUCUCCCCUCCCCAGGCCCGUCGCGACAAGGCAAGCAAACCAAGCAAUUGCUUGGGGCCCCACUAUAACCCCAUCACCGCAUUACAACUAUUAUCAUCCACACCACAGCCUCUAUUCCCCACUACUGUCACUAUCUCCUCACUACUGCCACUUUCCCCCAACUGUAGCCAUUAUCCUCCCAUCACUGCCACUAUCCACCACCCACGGUAGCCAUUAGGUCCCCACUAUAGCUCCUAUCCCCCAACUAAAGCCCAUAUCACUCCACUAAAGCCCCUAUCCCCCACUACAGCCUCUAUCCUCCACUACAUACGCUAUCUGCCACUACAGUCCCUAUCACCCAAUACAGCCCCUAUAACCCUCUACACCCUCUCUCCUUUCUGUAGUCUUUAACACCCACUACAGCCCCUAUCCUCCUACUAUAGCCACUAUCCCCACACUAUAGCUCCUUUCCAACCCACCACAAAUCCUAUUGCCAACACUAUAGCACCUUUCUCCCCCUCAACACACACACACACAACAGCCCCUUUAACCUGCAAACACUAGGGUUAAACAUAAUCAAUAGCAGUCCCAGUUUCUCCACAUACACUCUGCAGCCCCAAUUUUCUUCCCAAACCCAGACACUAUAGCAUUUAUCCACCAAAUGCACUCUGCUGCCUCCAUACACCAAUAUACACCCUACUGCCCUUAUUCCCCAAAACACACCCUAAACUCCUAUGCUCAACAACACACACAACAACCCCACCCUUCAUACAGCGCCUAUUUACAUGCAUACACAUACAACACCGCAAACAGACCUACCAACAUGCACAACUCCACAGCAGCCUCACUCCCACACAUGUAACCCAAAAAGCAUCAUUAUCUCAUCACCCACAACCACACAAGCAUCCUCACUCCACAUACACAACCUCACAAGCAGAAUUCACAUACUUGUACACAAUCUCACAAGCAGCAUCCUCACACAUGUACACAACCCCAUAAGCAGCAUCUCUAGAAACAAGCAACACCACAAGUAGCCCCCUCUCAAAAAUACAAAACAUCAAGCAACCACCCACACUCGCACAACACCACCAACAGCUUCCACACAAACAUUUAACAUUAGUGAUGUCCCGAACGGUUCGCCGAACGGUUUGCAAACAGUUCACCACGGUUCGCCACGAACGGUUCGCCAGUCAGCAGACACAUUCCAGCCAAUCAGCAGCAGACCCUCCCUCCUAGACCCUCCCACCUCCUGGACAGCAUCCAUUUUGAAGCUGCAUUCUUAGUGAGCUGUCCAUGAGGGUCUGGGAGGGAGGGUCUGCUGCUGUUUGGCUGGAAUGUGUCUGCUGACUGGAGUCCGUGGUGAACCGUUCGUGAUGAACCGUUCGGCGAACCGUUCAGGACAUCACUAUUUAACAUCAUAAGCAGCUUCCUGCCAAAAACGCAACACCACAAGCAGCCUCCACACGUUAAGGAAACUCGUUUGGGGCAGCUAGGAGUGUAAAUCCGGCUCUGACAAUAAAAACUGUAUUCCUAACACCAUAGGGUCCCUCAGUCCCCCUCCCUUGCGGCCCCACCAGCAACAAAUAAAGGGUUAAUAACUUUUUUUCACGUCCCUGAUUCCAGUUUCGCUGUCCCUGGGUGCUGCAUCUGGCUUUUUCUUUUCCGGCAUCACAACAAUUCUGGAACAUAACACAUGGGUAGCGAGUGCCGAGGAUUGAAUCAAUGCUUUCCUGUGGGGGAUUUGAAGACAUUGGACAUCCUCAUUCGUAGUGAGAAACUGCAGAAAGCACCUCUAGUGGGUGCCUAGUAGACAGUCACUAGAGGCAGUCUUAACCCUGCAAUGUAAACAUUGCAGUUUAUCUGAAAGGGGACCCGGGACACUGCAACCAGAUCAAUUCAAUGAGAUGAAGUGGUCUAGGUGACUGUAGUGUCCCUUUAAUAGACAUUUGGAGGGCUCCUGGGAAAACAAGCAACAGAAGGAAGGCUUGCAGUUAGUAAACAAAGAACUGGAUAAACAAGAAAGAGAGUGGGUAACAUAUAAAACUAUUUGAGAAAAUAAGACAGCAUUAGGAAAGUGGGCCAAAUCUGAAGAAUAAGCUGUGCUGCCAUAACUAUAGAGCGAUAUUCACAUAUUCAAGGUGUUCAUUGAACAACAAAUAACACGUUGAAAACUAAAACUGAACAACAUUGAGACUAGAACAAUCAAUCUCAUACCUUCCAACAAUUUAAAUUGACAAAGAGGAACACUUUAAUUUCAGGGGAUGAGUGGAGGUGUGGCCAGGGGUGGGGGCUUUUCUGAGAUAUUUUAUGUGACUUACUAAUGACAAUGUAUGCAACUAAAAUGUAAUUUAGAACAAUAACAAUGUAACUUAUUUACAAAGAUUGAUUUCUAAACAUAAUUAUUAUAGUUUAACCCCUUAAGGACUGGACUGUUUUUGCGAUGUUGUACAUUUGCGACCAGGCAUAUUUUUACACUUUUGUGGUGUUUGUGUUUGGCUGGAAUUUUCCGCUCUCUCAUUUACUGUUCCCAUACAAAUUAUAUAUUGUUUUUUUCAGGACAAAAGGGGCUUUCUUUACAUACCAUUAUUUAUAUAAUCUCAUGUAUUUUAAUUUAAAAAAAAUAAAAAAAUAUAAUGAAAAAUUGACUUUUACUUGAAAAAUCUUUUACUCAUCUACAAAAGCGAAUUAAAAAAACUGCUAAAUAGAUUCAAAAUUUUGUCCUGAGUUUAAAAAUACCACGUGUUUACAUGCUUUUUUGCUUUUUUUUUGCAUGUUAUAGGGCUAUAGGUACAAGUAGAAUAUUGCGGUUUCAAAACAUAAAUUUUUUAAAUUUAUCAAUAGUGACAUUGUAACACUAUUAUCUGUCAUAAAUCUCUGAAUAACACCCCACAUGUACAUAUUUUUUUUAAAGUAGACGACCCAGGGUAUUCAAUAUGGGGUAUGUCCAGUCUUUUUUAGUAGCCACUUAGUCAAAAACACUGGCCAAAGUAAGCAUUCAUAUUUGUUUGUGUGUGAAAAAAGUAAAAAAACUAAAUUGAACGCUAAUUUUGGCCAGUGUUUUUGACCAAGUGGUUACUAAAAAAGACUGGACAUACCCCAUUUGCAAUACCUUGGGUUGUUUUCUUUUGCAAAUGGUAUGCCAUCAUGGGGGUAAUUCUCAUUCCUGGGCUACCAUACGCUCUCAAAGGCAACGUAACCAACCUGGCCAUUUUCAAUGUAAAAAUAUUUGACCCAUAUAGUUGACCUUGUAACUUUCAAAAAUGCUAUAAAACCUGUACAUGGGGGGUACUGUUUUACUCGGGAGACAUCGCUGAACACAAAUAUUAGUGUUUAAAAACUGAAAAACGUAUCACAACAAUUAUAUCAUCAGUAAAAGUGCUGUUUGUGUGUGAAAAAUGCAAAAAAAGUCACUUUCACUGACAAUAUCAUCGCUGUGAUAUGUUUUACCGUUUUGAAUCACUAAUAUUUGUGUUCAGCGAAGUCUCCCGAGUAAAACAGUACCCCCCAUGUACAGGUUUUAGGGUGUCGUAGAACGUUACAGGGUAAAAUACAGUGCUAGCAAAUUCAAUUCUCUGGAAUUUCGGCCUGGGUUGGCAGGCAGGUCCCUUAAAUUGCAAUCAAUAAAAUUACUGAAUUAUGUAAAACUAUUACAUAAAUACGCAUGUAGAAUUUAAAUAUAUAUGCAUAUUUAUAUAUUUGAAGUCUACGUGUAUAUUUAUAUAAUUAUUUAUGCAAUUUUGUAUAUGGACAUAUGUAUAUUUCGUAUUAUUUUUAUUUAUUUAUAUAUACAUAGAUAUAUAUACAAAUUCAUUCUAAGUGUAUUUUGAUAUAAAUAUAUAUAUAUUAAUUUUAAAAUACAGUUAGAAUAAAAUUUCAUAUAGAUAUAUAAUUUUUUUUAAUUUUUUUAUUAUUAUUUUAAAUUUUUUUUAUUUAAUUUAAAUUACUUAUUAUUUAUAUUUUAUAAUAAUAUAUAUAUAUACACAAUAUAUAUAGUUAUUAUAUAUAUUUUAUAUAUAUACGUGCGUAAUUUAAUUAUAAGUGUAUUUUUAUAUUAAUAUAAGUACAUAUUAAUAUAAAAAUACACUUAGUAUGACAUUAUAUAUAUGAUAGAUAGACAUAUAUUAUAUAUAUAGAUAGACAUAUAUUAUAUAUAUAUAAUAUAUGUCUAUAUAUCAUAUAUGUAUACACAUAUAUAAUUUUUUUUUUUAUUAACACUAACUUUAUUUUUUUUUUUGAUUUUACACUAGCAGGGAGACUGCCUGUCAGCACAGACAGUCCCCCUGCAGGCAGCACUAUGGACACCUAUUGUGACCAUGUGAUCGCUGUGUUAAGCGAUCACAUGGCCACAGGGGUUCUAAAUCAGUGUGGGGAGACUGUCUGGGCUGCAGGCAGUCUCCCCACAACCGGAGCCACGCUGAUCGCCGCCGGGGGAACGAUGGCGAUCAGGUAAGUACCCCCAGACCGUUAGGACGGUUCAGGACCGUCAUCGGUCCUCAAGGCAAAAAUGCCGAUGACGGUCCUGAACCGUCCUCGGUCGCUAAGGGGUUAAAGACACAUUACUGUGAACAUGAUUGUGUUAUACAUUUAGAAACACCAAUAAUAUGGAGCUCCUAGAAAAGAGGGCCAUUAGGAUGGAAAGGAGGGGAAGAUGGAUUUGGGUCCAAAAUAUCAAGUGUCCCUCCUAAAUAGGGUCACUUGGGAGAAAUGCAUUCUAACAAUUGGUGAGUCAGAGAAUGUUUCCAAAUCAGCUAUUUUGUUUUGUAAUUCAUUUCAGUUCAGUUAUGCUUAUUUUACAUGUUGUUUUUUUUAAUCACAAAAGUACUUUAUUUAGUACAUAACAAAAACUGGGCAGUCAAUCAUUGUGCAGCGUGGACAUGGUACUGUUUAUAAAGGGGAAGAAUUUGCAACUACCUAUUAAAAAGUCUUUGAAAUAUCAAUAGAGGGCUGCCAUCUGAAAUGCUGGAACCCUUUACACAGACCCAGGUCUGUGGAUGCUGAGAGUAUGUGUGUAGUGGACGCAGUGUGUGUAGUGGAUGAAGAGUCGGUUUAUAUUGGAUGAAGUCGCUGUGUGUGUACAGUGUGUGGAUGGCCGAUUCUAGUGUCUCAGACACCUGGGUGCAGAUUUUUUGGGCAAAGCCAUGUGGUCGUGGUCAUCUUACUCUACUCCCCUUUGCAAAUGUCCAGAUAUGCAUGCUUCUAUGGCAACAACUCCAUCUCUACAUCUAUAAGAUCCACCCAUUUUUGUAAUCAAACACACAAUCAGUGGUGUAUCCUGGUUUUGUGCUGCCCUAGGCAGGACAAAACUCAGGCGCCCUCCCCCGCCACCCCCACCCAACCCCUUCCCCCACCUUCUAAAUACACACACACACACACAGUCAGACACAAACACACACACACACACACAGUCAGACACAUACACAAACACACACACACACACAGUCAGACACAUACACAAACACACACACACACACACAGUCAGACACAGACACAGUCAGACACAACACACACACACACACAGUCAGACACACACACACAGUCAGACACAACACACACACACAGUCACACACACACAGUCAGACACAAACACAGUCAGACACAAACACACACACACACAUCAGACACAAACACACACACAGUCAGGCACAAACACACACACACAGACACAAACACACACAUUAACUUUUUUUAAAUUUAAAUCCCCCCCCAACCUCCUUACCUUUGGGAGUGCUGGGGGGGGGGGUCUCUCUCCCUGGUGGUCCAGUGGCUGCAGGGCGGGCGGCGCUGGCAGGCUGGCAGGCGGGCGGCCGGCGAGGGAGCACUUCCCAUGAGCUGACUGCUCAGCUCCCUCGCGCGUCGGCUGCAGAGUGAGGCUGGGAACCGGAAGAUGACGUCAUCUUCCGGCUCCCAGCCUCACUUUGCGGUGCGCGAGGGAGCUGAGCAGUCAGCUCAUGGGAAGUGCUCCCUCGCCGGCCGCCCGCCUGCCAGCGCCGCCCGCUCGGGAUGUCAGUUAGCCGCGAGGCUAACUAGGCAUUUGCCCUGGGCAUUUGGGGGGCGGCGUUUUUUGCCGCCCCCUGAAAAAUGCCGCCCAAGGCAAAUGCCUUGUUUGCCUCGCGGCUAAAACGCCCCUGCACACAAUCACUGGCAGUCACACACUCUCACUGAGAGACACACACUGACAGAUGCACACAUAGACAGACACACUCACUGACAGACACACACAAAGACAGAUACACAUUCACUGACAAACACACUGACACAUACUCUCAAUGACAAACACACAAUCUCACUGAUUUGUAGCACACUCACUGACAGACACUCUCAAUAACAGACACACAAUCUCACUGAUUUGUAGCACACUCAUUACAAUAUACACUCCUAGACUCUAUCACUCACACCUUUACCUGCCCCCCACUGCCACCGGACCCCCAGCAGUGAUGAUACCAUCAGGAGGCUUCACGAAUUGGGCAAAGUCCCCAAACAGUGACAGUAUCGCUUUAAUUACAUCUUUGCCACAAAUGGUCAACUUGUUGUCUGAUUAUAAAUUGCAGAGACAUGUUGUGAAUGCUAUGGAAAUUAUUGAAUUGGGAUAGUUAUAAAGCAACAAAUACUACUGGCAAAGUUCAAAGCAGAUUUGCAGGGCUAUUUACUAUAGUGAGAAUGUAAAGUUAAUUCAAUGUGAAUUUCAAUAUAAUUUCCAAAUCCCUCUCAGUUCGGCUAAUCGGGCAUUCAGAAUCAAGCUCAUCAGCACCAACAAAACAGGCCUGCGGAGUUCCACAAGGAUCCAUCUUGUCUCCCAUGCAUUUUGCAAUUUACUUGUUACCACUCGGGGACAUCAUUAGGCGACAUGGCCUAAGGUAUCAUUGUUACACUGAUGACACACAACUCUACUUCUCCUUUGCUGCAGAUACCACAGACCGAACAUGCUGCAACAACAGUUGCUUAGCAGACCUCAUAGAAUGGAUGAAUGUUAGUUGGCUUAAAGUGAACCCGGACAAAACAGAGUUACUUUUGGUCAGGGGACCCUGGGCAACAAAAAUAUCCCAUGAUUACCAACGACUUGGAGCUUGGAGGCUCUGAAUUCAUCAGUUUAUCAAAAGUACGAAACCUCUGAGUGCUGAUUGACUCUGGACUAUUUAAACAGCAGAUUUCCUCUGUAAUAAAAUCUGCCUACUUUCAUCUGAAAAACAUAGCCAGGAUACAACACUUAAUUCCAAUGUUAUGCCAACAUUAAUCCAUGCAUUUGUAUCCUCUCGGCUAGAUUACUGCAAUGUACUUUACUUGGGCCUCCCAGAAAAAUAACUCCAUCGCCUUCAGACUGUACAAAAUACAGCAGCCAGAUAAUUGACCAAUCAAACUCGCUCCUGCCACAUAACACCUGUUCUUCACUCCCUGCAUUGGCUUCCAAUUAAAUGGCAGAUUUGACAUAUUUUAAAAUUGGCCUGCUAACCUUCAAAGCCUUAAACAAUCAAGGCCCACAGUACCUGAAAGAGCGCAUGACACCCUACAUUUCAUCCGGUUCACUUCGGUCAGCCAGCAAAUCCUUCCUGUCAGUGUCAAGAAUAAAGACAGACUCAGGUUUCAGGGCAUUCAGCCACGCUGCCCCUACUUUCUGGAACUCUUUACCGUGCGCAAUCAGAGAGGCACCGUCUUUAAAAAAACUCUUAAAAAAAAAGCUAAAGACCCACCUCUUCCAUCAUGCAUUCAGUCUCAGUCCGCUCAGCUGACCUUCAGAAACUCCUAACUUUUAUGUCUUUAUGUUUGUAUACUUGUAAAGUGCUUUGAGUCUCACAGGGAGAAAAGCUCUAUAAAAAUAGCAAAUUAUUAUUAUAUUAUUAUUAUUUAAUUUGAAAUUCAAUUUAAAUUCUCACUUUAGUAAAUAACUGUUGGAAUUUUCUCUUCGCCUAUUUUUGUGUAUAAUUAGCUCUUUGCAAAAUGAGUUUAUAGGAUGAUUUAUAGGUAGCAGCAUUGACAUGAAUACAGGACAUAAAUACUUUGAUUUAAACAUUUUAACCUAGUAUGUGUUCCUGGGUAUUAUAAGUCACCUUUAUCUGUUUCUUCGUUUUCUAGAUAAGUAACAAAUAUGGGAAGUCCCGGCAUUAAAAAGACCUUAUUUGCUUUUCUCUGUGCCCUGAUGUUCAUUCAACAUACUCAAGGUCUGUAGGCAUUCCUUUUCAUGAUAACAUGUUAAUGCUGUUAUAGAAAUGACUGGCUUUAUGAAUAAGAACAUUUUGAUUUAUAUUAAGAAGUAGAAAGAUCCAAAUAUUUGAUGAUGUCCUGACUUUCUUACUUCUGCAUGUUUCACAAAAACCAAAAUCAAAGCAAAAUGCACAGUUGGCUGAAUAUCAAGGGAAAUCUGACAAGCUGGUAUCUUCAACUGAGAUGUGUCUCCACAAUGGGUAGUGAGUCAGAGACUGCCUUUCCCUUACAUUAUCUUUCGGUGGUUAGAGAAAUGCCAUAGGAGGUGGCCCAACAAUCCUUUGGGUGUUGUUCAUUAAAGGGAAUGUGAACACCAAAUUGCAAAUGUUAGGACAAAAUAACUGGGGUUAAUAUAAGCAUCAUUACCAUUUGUAGUGGUUAUGAUGUUCGGAGCACCCUGGCAACAUUUCCAAGUAUUGAGGCAAAACGUUUUGCAAUGGUUUGCACUCUUACAUGAAGAGCCACCUGUAAUGGCAGCUGCAAACAGCAGAAGCCAGAUGCCAAACACCAAUCCUGAUGCUCAUUCAUUGGCUAAGAGUACCAGCUAAAAGCAUUCAACCAAUGAAUGAGUGUCUGUGCAAAGAAAUAUGACCAAAAUAUUUUUUUUCCAGGCUGGCUAAUGACGCUGCAGUAGGUGAAGUUACACCUCUGGCAGGUAGAAUAAAUAUCCCCAUUGUGCAGCAUUUCAAGCUGAAACACAUACAGACUCUAAGCACCAUUACCACUUCAAAACACUGAACCUCCAGCAGUUUUGUGGCACCUGUUCCACAGUCCCAGGUCAGUUCCCUGGCAUCCUGCAUUCAUGGAUAUCAGGGAAUAGUCUACACUUCCCAGCAAGCAUAGGUUAAGCACAUCAUUAGACAUACUUGAGCUGUACUCAGGGUAGGGCUGGCAGCCUUAGGCCUGGAGGGCAGAUCCAGUCAAGUGGCUAAUUGCACCACCAAAUCAGCUCACCAUCCAUGCCCACCCUUUCCUGGGUUUAUAACGGAUAUUGAUGUUAUGCUAAUCAGUAGCUCUUUGCCAUACCCAAUCUGCGGCGCCAUUAUGCAGCAGCACUCUGACCUUUUCAGAAUCUGGUUUCUGCUGGGGGACCUGAAGAUCUAGGAUAGGUUUUAACCCAUUAAGGUAAUAGAGUGCCCGGGGGCCUACUGGCACCAUAACAACUUAAUUUAUAUUAAAUUGUUAUGGUAAACAGUGUUCCUUUAAAAAUAACCAAUAUGUCUAUGUUACGAACACUGGUAUAGUAGAUACCCUGUUCGCCUAUUCCUCCAGAACUGCUGAGCCUGUGUGAUUAUAGCUGCAGUUCGGGUGUAAAGUCAAAUAGUUCCAGACGAAUGCAGCAUCCAAGUAGUUUCUCCUCAGCAAAUAGACACUUACCCAAACAUGAGCCUAGACUUCAUGAAAGGUACAACAGGAAUGAAUUUUAAUGGUGCAACACUGGCUUUUAUGCAAGUCCCCAUGCAAGGGGCACUCCCACAUGGACCUUGUGGGGGACAGGGACACAAAGGUUACAGUCAAUAAUAUUACAGUGACAAAGUUUGACACUCCCAAUACAAACAGACAAUCCCCUCCUCUCUGUCUGUGAGAUAAUUGAGUCAGCUAUAUUAAUAAAUCAAUUAUCUCCAGGCAGUAAAAACAUAUUUUCCCCAAAAUGUAGAAAGUACCCUAAAACACAUAGCAUCCCCUGAUAGCGCUGAUCUGGGUGACCAACAUAUCCAAAAAUCACCCAGACCAGUUCAGGGGUUUUCAAAUUUUAUGGAAGUCCCAUUUGUACCGACCGCACACGAGGCUCCUGCCCAGAAACAGUUCCAUGAGUUUAGGCUGUGCGGUCGGUCUAUUUCGAAAAGUCAUAAAACCGAACAAAUGCAUGAACCUUUGCUCUCCUUCUGUUCUUCUCUCCUUUCCUUCUCCUCUCCAUUUGCUCUGCUCUGCUCUCCCUUUGCUCUCCUUCUGCUCUGCUCUCCUCUACUUCUCCUCUCCUUUUGCUCUGCUCUCCUCUCCUUCUGCUGUCCUUUCCUUUCCUUCAGCUAGUCUCCUUCUCUCUUUUUCUUCUUUUCUCCUUCUUCUGGGCAUGGCAGGCGAGGGAAUGCAGGGAGGGGUUGCGUUGUGGCGUGACGUCAUCAGCGUCACAGCAUGAUUUGCAGUUAGCUGGUAAUCAGCACUAUCCGCGUAGCAACAAGACGCGUAUUGGCCAAUGGGAAAGGAAGCCGUUGGUAAGUUAAUAUUGGUGAAGCACUGCAGCUCUCUGAUUACAUGGUUUAGGUGGCCGCGAGGCCCCUUUUAACACAAGGCCUUAUGCGGCUGCCUAAAUUGCCUAAUUAGUGAGCCGCCUCUGCCAAAGAGAUCCUGUCUCUGUCUCCGUGGCAGGCAAGCAGGCAGAGACAGCGGGCAUUUUGAACAUGAUUUAGGGCAGCCUGGGGGGCAUUUGAUUCCCUGCCCCCCAUCCCAGUCCGCCCCUGGUGGUACUGAGGGCACUAUGACCAUGCAGAGUUCUUCAAUAGUGCUCUCUGCAUGGUCUUCCCUCUGUGGAACCAGCUGCAAGGCUGUGAGUCAGCUUGCUGUGCAUCCAUGACAUGCCCAUUAUUUGUUGCAGGCAUGCCACUUUAGUCUGCCAACUCAUUGUCCUGAAUUUAUACCCCUCAAUGUUGGAAAGUAUAUAUGUUCAAUUAAAUACACAAGGUUUUCAACUAUGUCCAACUGCCCUCAGUUUUAAUAGAUGCGGCGAUGUCUGAUGUCACCGUGGCUCUCUAACCUUCCAAGUCCUGUUAUCAAUUAGCACACUGUCUUUAUGUAGGUUCAGCCUUGCUGGAUUCCCUGAAUUGUGUUAAUGACUACACAUCUCAAUGGAGGUGUCAAUGGAAGGAAAGCAGAGCAUCACAAGCAAUUAUCCCAAUGAACCUCUACUACUGGAGAAACAACAACAGGUCAGUCUAUGCUGAGUCAGCACCGACGGUCAGGUGCGGGAUUGACAUUUAGACAUCCAAAGGGAGGGGAAAGAAAGGUGUAGUCUGACACUUAAAUCAUUACCAUGUACAAAUAUUUUUUGAAGACAUGAUUCGAUUUUCUGAGAUCCUAAUUAUAAAAUCAGUUCCACUAGAUGUCUACCUUUACUGAUAGACGCAUUCCAAUGAGGAACAGAGUAAGAAAGAACAUACCAGUAAACAAAAGUCUAUAGAGAUAAAAUAGAUUGGUAAUAUAGAUUGAUGGAUGGACAGACUGAUAGGCAGAUGGAUGGAUGGACAGAUUGAUGGAUGGACAGAUAGAAAGAAGAGAGAAGCGGGGAAGAAUUGUCUACAAACUUCUGAUGGCAUGCUCUUUUGUUAGUGAUACGAAGGAGCUCUGUAUUAUCUCUGAGACCAAACAAGAUGCGGGCCCCAACCUGAGUCAAAACUGCCAUAUAAAUUCUACAUUUUCUUUCCGUAUGAAGGACAGCUACAGUUUUCUUCCAGAAAGAAUCAUACAGAAGGAAGCCACCAUCAUACCAGCCUAUAGGGGUGAGUGGUAACAGAUUGUAUUUAAAAUAAUGGAUCUCCAAGGGAUGACAUACAAAUAGGGAAGUACAAGCCAAUAAAAUGAGAAUUGUGAAAAAACAUAGAGAUACAAUUUGUAUACAGAUAAAAUGAAAAUGAUUGAAGAGAAUGUAUAUUGAUGGUAAAAAGUGCUCUUUGAAAUGGGAAUAAGAUAUAUGAACUGUGUAAAUGUUUAUGUAACAUUUUUGGAGGUCGUGACUGUGUCACAUGUAGAAAACAGAAUGAGGGGAAAGUACCUGAGAUUGUUUUCAGGGUUGUGUAUGAAAUGAGAAAUGCCAAAUAGAAAAGAACAUAUGGAAAAGAACAUAACACUUUUCUUUCAAAAUAUAUAUUGCAUUAAAUAUCAAAUGCUUAUUAUUUGAUGUGAUUAUUGUUAAAUUAUUAAUUAAUGUUGUAGAAUAGAUUUUAAGUUAUGUUUGUCUUCUCCAAUUUAUUACAUUUCUCCAGUAAGAACUUCACCCCCGGAAGGACUAAGACUCCAAAUGAUUAACAAUGGGUCGAUCAUUCUGAGUUGGAAGAGUCCUCUUUACUUGGAUCCAAGCCUAUCUCUGCUCUACCAGAUAUCAUAUCAUAGGCAUGGCUGGGAGAAAUUGGAGGUAUAGUGAAACCCACCAUUAUUAUCAUGGUGGAACUUCUACUUAAUAAUAUUCUUGAGUCACAUGCCUUAAAUAAAGGGGUUUAUUUACUAGAAGGUGAGCUAGCAGGAGUGUAUAGAAUACAGUACGCCCAGGUACCUCACCUUUGAAGGUGGAUUUAUUCUGCCUGCUUCUUUGUGUGUUUUCUUUAACGUCAUACACCCAACUAGCUAGUUAACCGUGUGCAUAGCUUUCACAUGAAUCCACCUUAUCUCUCUCACCAGCCCCUCUCCUAAGCUCCCAUUUUAUUACAUGCCCUCUGUCAUAUACUCUCAGUCUGUUACAUACCAUCGUUCAAUCACAUUCACCUAGAUGUACACUCUGACACCCCGCACAGUCACAUACAGCCAUCCAACUAGUUACAUUCACAACCCCAACUGAAAUAUGUAUAUUUACCAACACAUUCGCUCACCCAGUAAUAUGCCUACCCAUAGUCUCAGUAACCCACUCUGUCACAUCUUACCCAUAAUCCACUCCUAGCCAUCUAGUCACCUACACCUACCAUCACACCCAGUCAUAUAGCUCCAUGUACCUAGCAACCUGUAUGUAUCUAUCAAAGGAGUCACAUUCACACACCCACUACCCAUUUCCUACAGGCCCUCAUAGAUACAUUAUAUACAAAAACAUUUCAUUAAUGUCAACAGUUUUAUGGUUAAUCAUGACCACAUUCCCCUAGAUUCAUUCCCCUAUGUUUUCUAUCAUGUAUUUUAUUAUGAAAGGGGUAGGACAUAUACAAAGAGACAACCUCAUAAGAGGGAAAGAGAUGUGGAAAAAGAAGGGCAAUUUAGCUACAUCCUUAUCAGCUCUCCAGUGUCAUUGGAAGAUUGUACAAAAUGGACACUAAUAAGGCAGAAGUGUUACUUCACAUUAUCAAUGCAGCUCUGAGAUGGGAGUAGCCCCUCAGUGUCACUUUAAUAUCUCAAUUUGCAGUACAUGCACUUCAUGCAUUGCCACCAUUUAUUGCAAAAGUGAAUUGGAAUUCAGAAAAUGCUGUAUUAUAAGUUAUUAUUACAUGGUUUAUAUUUGGGAAAUUUAACAGAAAAUUAGCUGUUUCCAGAAUCCCUCAAUUUAAACCCAGUUUUAAUAAAAGUACUGUAGGCAGUACAGUACCUUUUAAACCUGGAAUUUGGUCUCAAAACCAUUAUCAGUGGGUUGCCAUUUGUCACUACAGCCAAAUACUAUGGAGAAUAAUUACACAUUAAUUUAAGUGUAGUUUUUUAAAUGUAAAUAAAGACACAUUUGGAGACAUUUUCUAUUAAUUCCAUUGUACUUAGUCAUGGUUCUAACAGGAAAGCUAUAUAGUUUCUUAUUUUUCCUAUUUCCAUAAUUUUAAUAAACCCACGCUGUAAUAAGUCUUACUGGGCAGCAGAUCAUAUAAUUAAAUUCCCCAAACGAUCUUCAAUGGUAACACAGAUUCUUAUAAUAUUGAUCAGUUGCAUAAUCACAGUCUAUCUUACUAUACAGGAUGCUAUUUCACUUAAUGUUGUGGAUGAGUUGGAAACCAGUCUCAGCCUCUCGGAUCUACUACCUGGAAACACCUAUCUGUUCCGUAUACGUACCCGGCCCCAAGAAGGACAACACUACAAGGGAUCUUGGAGCAAGUGGAGCAAAGAACUUGCCUGGGACGUGCCUGAAGGUAGCGAAUGAUAAAAUGUAUGAGAUUCACUCAUUGGACAGAGAUUGCCAGUUUAGGAGGCAAAAUGUUACCAGAUAGUAAUUAAUGAUGUAAAAUCACACUUAAUGAAUAUUUUACAUGUAUUUUUGACCUUAAUGAAAAUUGUCUCCCAUUCAGAAUGUUAAUGUUUUCUUAUUGACAGACGAUAAGGCAGCACCUCGAAAUCUGCAGUGUGAAUACGAUGGUAUCAAUACGAUGAUCUGUAGCUGGGAGGUGAGAAGAGAGGUCAAUUUAUCAUUCUCCUACGUGUUGUAUUACACUGAAUAUUCUGAUCAGACAUCUGGUGCCACCAACAUGACAUCUGCUACUGAGUAAGUUACACAAAAGACUUUUGCAAAAAAAGAAAAAUAAUAAUAAUAAUAUCAAAUUAUUUCGCUAACCAAUUAAUGUCUCUCCUCUGAUACAUUCUUAAUUUUGCCUUCAUUCAUCCUUAUUAUACUCACAUAAUAUUUACAGACUACGUCAACCGUCAUACUACAUGCAACCUAUUUCAACCUGGAACAAAAUGUACUCUUACUUUACAUGUUAUGUAUAUAUCUGUAUCCCAUCUCCUUUAGAUUGUAAGCUUGUUUGAACAGAGUCCUCAUUAUCUUUUGUUCCUGUAAGUAAAACUUGUAAGUCAAACUUAUUUGUCUGACUUGUGAUGCCAUUGUACAAUAUUGCAGUACACUUUGGCGUUUUUUUAAAUAAUAAUAAUAAUAAUAAUUAUUAUUUUUGUUAUUAAACCUGGAAAUAUGCAUUUAGUUUUUCAUUGAUUUUGAUGUUGUUGGUUAUAGAUGUUAUAACCCAGUUUAAACUUGCUUAACCCCUUAAGGACCAAACUUCUGGAAUAAAAGGGAAUUAUGACAUGUCACACAUGUCAUGUGUCUUUAAGGGGUUAAACUUCAAAUCGGAAACAACUAGAGGGGUGGAUUUAGAAGACAAAAACACCCAGGACUUCUCAAACGAGCAUUAUAUUAGUUACAAACUUUGUUUUCAUUAUUUUAGUUAGUUUAUAGGAAAUGCAAGCUUUUUUUUUUUCUGGGAGUAAGGUGUUUUAGCGUCCCAGGAUUACUACAUACUUGUCAGGCAUUGUCCACUUUAUUGAUUUAAUUUAUUUGGCACAAAUUUCCUUGUUUCUUAUGCGAUUUCUCAUGCUUUCAUUAACGUUGUCUGUAUAACAUAAUCACUUUAUUAAACCCUUAAGGAGUACCUAGUUCAUUUAAAAGCCAUGUUCUAUAAUGAACCACCUACCUCCCAAUUAACUUCUAUCGGUCUUGCACAUCAGCCACUAAUAUAUGCUUGUUGCUAUAUAAAUAUAUAUUUUUUAAAUUAUUGGCAAUGUUUGAAUUUAUGGAAUGUUGCCAUAUAUAAAUAAAUGCAUGUCUUUAAUCAGGAAUAUUCUGUGUUUUUCAGUUAGCCUUUGAUAGCCAAAUUUACACAUGUUACAUUAUACAUGUUAGCCAACUGCCCUUACCAAACCAAGUUACUAAUGCCCUAAUCGCUGCUAAAUAUACAAGUCAUCACUAUCUCUCAAUUUUCCUCUACUACUCUGCUGCCUUUGAUACUGUUAACCACAGUCAUGGACUCUGUGACAUUGUACUUCCCUGGCUUUCAUCCUAUCUUUACAAAUGCUCAUUUAGUGUCCCCUUCACUGGUGCUACCUCCUUCCCAUUGUCUGUCUCGGUUGGUGUUCACCAAGGCUGUGAGUUUGGUUUUACUCCGCCCCUAUCUGUAACCUUAUUAACUUUUUUGGAUUUCAUUACCAUCUGUACGCUGAUGAUACUCAUAUUACCUCUCCCCACCUGACCUCUCUCAUGCCUUUCUGGAACACAUCACAAACUUCCUGAAUGUCUUACUCUUUUCUAAAAUACAAUUUUUGGAAAACUGAACAUCUUAUCUUCCGUUACUCAAAUGAUCCUUUUGCUACGUUUGACUCAGGUCUUACCUUUUCUCCUCACAUCCAGUCUGUCUCCAAAUCCUGUAACAUCCACCUUAAAAAAAUGGUCCGCAUUCACCCUUUUUUAUUCAAUAUACAACUAAGGCACUUGUUCAUGCACAUAUCAUUUCCUGACCGGACUCUUGCGACACACUACUUAUCACCUUUCCAAAUACCCGCAGUGUCCCUCUUCAGUCUGAAAUUAGGCUCAUCAUCCUGACUGACCACUACUCCCACACUUCAUCCCAUUGCCAAUCAUUACAUUGGCUUCCUGUAACCUUCAAGGUCCAUUUCAAACUGCUAACACUAACCUACAAAGCCCUCACUAACUCCACUCCUCACUACAUUUCCUCUUUACUCAACAAAUACACAUCUCCUCAUUCCCUUCACUCCUUGAGCGAUCUUUUCCUGACAUCUGUUCUUUUCCGCACUAUCAGGUUUUUCAACGACUCUAUGCCUUUGAAAUGUCCUACAUCACACUCUACCUUAUUCUUCAAUCCUUCAAGAAGUCACCGAAAACAUACCACUAUAGGAAAGCUUACCAUCUUCCUGGGUGACGCUUCUGAUUUCACUGCCCUCAGUACCCCCCGCCUCCAUAGCCUAGCUGAUUCUCUCUCCUUCCACUGUUAUUUUGCUCCACACACCACUUUUACUAACUUAUUUCAACAUAGGCAUCAUAUCCAUCAGUCCCUCCUCCCCUCUGACAUGUGGUUAUUUCUCUUGUGUGUCUUUACCCCAUCUUCAUAGAUUGUAAGCUUGUUUGAGCAGGGCCUUCUUCACCUCUUGUCUCUGUUCAUAUUUUGUAUUUUAAUAACUUGUUAUCAAAUUCUUCCUUUUUAUAAUUGCAAAAUGCUGUGGAAAAUGCUGGCAUUAUAUAAACGCUAAACAUUAUCUCUGAAAUGCUAGUGCAUGACAUAAUUAAAUAUGUGUAGGUGGGUCAAUUAUAAAUAAACACAAGUCAUCACCAACAUCACCCAGGCAUGCCUAUGUUUUUCCAUUCUAUCCAUGAUCUUUAGCAAUACCUUUCUAAAUUUAACUAACAUAUAAUUAGCUUUUCACCUGUUGAUCACCAACAAUUACCAGCAACUGCUUUACAAUCAAUAUCUUGUUUUAUCCUGUAUAGGGAGAAGAAAUGCCUUAAUCUAAACAGUUCUUCUGUCACUGAAGCUCCAUAUGUACGUUAUUACUGUGCUUUUAAUGUACCACGGAACCAGGCUAAAAACUCCUUCAGCCUCCAAAUCAGACCACAGGAGCAAAAGAAGACUUUCAACCAUUCUCAGACUAGUAAGUGGCUCAUAAGUAAAACUGUCGAGUUAAUUAAUUAACAACUUAUUAUAUUCACUCACUUUGAAAAAGAUGCACAAGUGCAAAUAUGGCUUAUUCACUAAAGUCAGAAUUGUUGAGAAUUUAAAGUGAUCUAACUGGAACCAUAGGUGACCUGGGGAAUUUAUACACCGUACAUCUAUUUUGGCCUUAAAGGACUACUGCCACCUUUUAAUAUAAUCAUUCAUCAAAUUCUGAAAAGAAAUAGAAAAAAUACGUAUAUGUAAAAAUAAAAUGAGAAAAAUGCAUCCCUAACUUUAAUAUAAGACAAGAUCCUUCCGCAAUAUAUAUAUACACAUGCACUUUGGGUCGGACAGUGUUUGAAAGCCAUCAGUUAGUCUCUAUAGUGCAGCCUGCUUCUCUGUAGGGAGUGAAGUGGGGAAGACCACAGAGACUAAUAGUUUUUAAAACACUGUCUGGCUGUAGGGCUAAAGGAUCCUGUCAUAUUCGCAGUGUAAUGAAGAGUUUUUUAAAACAUUUUUACAUAUACUUCAUUUAAAAAAAGAUAUAAAUUUUCUUUCAAAACUUAAAGAAAGGAUUAUUAUAUUAAAAAUAGUUUUGAAGUGACAGUUGUUUAAAUUUUACAUUUGCUUUGAAUUCAUUACUAAACUCUCUUUAGCGAAUAGUUCUUUCUUUUUUUUGGUUUCAAUUGAAGUUUAGUGGAUACUCUCCAUUAGAAAUAAAGUGGAUUCAUGUUUUUAAAAGUUCAAGUUCACAUUUUUGUUCUACAAAUCCAUAAAAUAUUAUACUCUAUGAAUAUUUUCUUUUCUUUUUUUUUUUUUAUUUAAAUUUUUUUUUUUUUUUAACAUAGGUAAUGCACAUAUUGGUUUCAACGUAUAUUUUAACAGUACAGAUAUGUCAUGUAAUAUUUGCGAAGGUAUAGUGAUACCGUAUAAGGCGUGGGUACAGCGUGUUACAUUACUCAAAAUAUUAAGAGAUGAUAGUAAUUCAACAUUGAUAGUAGAUAAUAAUAUACAAUACAGUAUAGGUGCAUAUUGAAACGUAGGACGUUGGUCAGCGGAAGUAUGAGUUUCAUGGAGUUAGUCAGGUUAGGCUGAUCAAUGUUACAACGUAAGUAUCAAAACACAGUAGCCACUAGUAUAAGCUUAAGUAGUAACUGUGAGAUAUUGCUCGGUUCAGUAGAACGCCAUUUGUAUUGGUGUAGCCUUGCGGAAGCUUCGGUUCCUUUCUUUCCCCACAUCUUACGUCUAACCUUUAAAGCCCUUGUUUGUGCUACUGAGUCCUGAGUCAUCCCUGGUGUCAGGACUGUCACUAAUAAGUAGUCAUCUAGAUUCGUCCAUGUCAGUUCUCGGUUCCCACUGCGCUCCCGGAUGCCCGUGGUCUUGCCCGACGCCAUCCCUCCCUCACCCCCCAAACCCUCGCCGUGAGGUUAUCAUGGUUUAUUGUCUAGUGUGGCUCCAGUGUCGUGAAUGUAUUCCACGGUGCCCAAGUUUUGGUGUAUUUCACAUAGUUCCCUACUUUAGCCUGCGUUAUACCUUCUAAUUGUUUCGUGUCUUCCACCCUCUGGAUCCAUUCUCUGAGCGAGGGGAUGGUUGGCUGCUUCCAAUAUUUGGGAACUAGUUGCGCUGCGGCCAUGACCAGGUGAUGUAAAAGUGCCGUUUGUAAUUUUGAUAAGCCCCGGGGGGGCAGGAGGAAGAUGUACUGGUCUGGGGCUAAUGGGAAAUUGGUCUGGAAGAUGCUGAGAAUGAUAGUGUGAAUUCUGUUCCAGAAUUUCGCUAUUUUCGGGCAUUGCCACCAUAUGUGUGCAUGAUGUGCUCCUGGUUGAUCGUAUCUCCAGCACUUGUCUGUGGACGUGUUGUGGAUCAUGCAGAUUUUUGCUGGUGUAUAGUGCCAACGUGUUAACCGUUUAAAAUUACUCUCUUGCGCUGUCAGCGAUAUGGUGGUAUUAUGUGCCGCUUUAAGGAUGGAUUGCCAUUGUGGGCGCGUGAACUCUACUCUGAGUUCCUCUGACCACUUAGCUGUAUAACUUGGAAGAUUAGUUGCCUGUGACUCCCUAAUUAGUAUGUACAUGGUAGAUAAAACUUUUCUAGAGAACGGAUGGGAGGAGCACAGUUGUUCAAAUUUUGUCAGGGGCCUGUCCCCCACGGGUAGUAGGUUGUGCGCCUUGAUAAAGUGUUUCAGUUGGUGGUAAUGUAAUUGUUGUAAUACCGUCGGGGUGUCAGUCGGUAGGAUGUGGUUCAAAGUUUUAACUUUACUGUCCUGGAUAACAUCGCACAAUUUUAGUGUCGAGCUAUUGUGAUAGAGCUCGAACGAUUUGCCCGAGUCUCCUUGUUGGAAGUGAGGAUUAUGUGUAAUUGGGUAUAGCGGGGAUGGGACUGGGGAGAGGUCUAAAGUUUGUCUGAGUCUAUGCCACAUUUUAAGGGUUGUGUCGACUGUCGGGUGGUAGUAAUGGAGUCCCUUUCGUGAAGAUAUAGGGUCAGGGUGGGACCAGGCGCAGAUGGAUAGUGGGGUUCUGGAGAGAGCGUUCUCCAGGAUAGCCCACUGUUGGAUUUGUGUGUUUCUUGUCCAUUCGUAAACCCUCUGUAGGUGUAUUGCCUGAUGAUAAAGUUCAACAUCGGGGAGAUUUACUCCUCCUCUUUCCUUACUUCUAGUCACGGUGGCGUGGGCCAAACGUGGUGAUAAGUGUGCCCAUAAAAAUCUCGUGAACAUGGACCUGGUCGUGUUGAAGAAUGUGCGUGGGAUAGCAACAGGAAGAGUCUGUAGGAGAUAUAGAAUUUGAGGAAGGAUGUUCAUUUUAAGUAUAUUGAUCCUACAUAGCCAGCCGAAGCAGGGCUUAUGCCAUGUCUGGAGGUCUUUAGUAAUGACUGCCAAAAGAGGGGGAAAAUUCAGUGCAUAGAUCGACUCUAAUUUGUUCGGUAUGUGAACCCCUAAGUACUUAAUGGACCGCGGCGCCCAGUUGAAAUUAAAUUUAGACUGUAGUAUUGCGUCCAUGGUUCUCGCGGUGUGAAUUGGUAGAAGGUCGCAUUUAGUGAGGUUCGCCUGAAAGUUGGAGACCUUACCAUAUGUUUCCAUCUCCGCUAUUACAUAGGGUAACGUCGAGAGCGGGUUCGCAAUUGUAAACAAAAGGUCAUCGGCAAAAGCCGUGACUUUGUACUCCUGUUUGUCAAUUUCGAAGCCCUGUAUGUUUUUAUUGUCUCUAAUACCCUGGAGGAACGGUUCCAGGACUAAUAUGAAGAGAAUAGGGGAAAGAGGACACCCUUGUCUCGUCCCAUUAGUGAUGGUUACUGGUUGUGAUAACUGACCAUUGACCCUCAGUCUAGCAGUUGGUGUGGAGUAGAUGGAGUUUAACCACUCUUGCCAGCGUGGGCCAAAGCCUAAUUGCCACAUUGUGUGUUGUAAGAGUGCCCAGCUAACUCUAUCAAAUGCUUUCUCUGCAUCGAUAGCCAAUAGAAUACUGUUUAUUCUGCGUGAUUGAGCCCAAUGUACCAGAUUAAUGAUUUUAGUUGUGUUGUGUUGUGUUUUGCUUCCCUAUAUGGAACAAAACCUGCCUGGUCUUGGUGGAUAAGGCCAGGUAAAAGAGGUUUCAGUCUAGUAGCCAUGAUUUUUGUGAGAAUUUUGAGAUCCGCGUUUAUCAACGAAAUGGGUCGGUAACUGCCACAAGACGUAGGGUCUUUUCCCGGUUUAGGUAUUAGAGUAAUGGUCGCCUCUAGUGCUGACUUGGGUAUACUAGUUGACAGUUUAUGGGCAUUAAAUGCGUUAAUAAAGGGCUGUGCUAGGGUUUGAGCCAUUAAUUUGUAGUAUUUCCCAGUGAAGCCGUCCGGGCCUGGGCUUUUACCUAAAGGGAUAGUCUUAACUACCUGUUGGAAUUCUUCAAUCGUGAUGGGUUCAUCAAGGAAAGCCUUGUCUAUGGGUGGCAGAGUACAUUUAAUUCUGGGCGUCAAGAAGUCUAAUAUGUCUUGUGUGGUUGGUUGGGUGGAUUUCAGGUUAUAUAGAUGAGUAUACAAUUUAUGGAAUGCUUUAAAUAUGUCUGGCAUGUUACAGGAUAUAUUACCGUCCUCGGAUCUAAUUUCAGAGAUGAAGCUGGAUUGUCUAUCUACCUGUAGUGCUUGUGCAAGGAGUUUCCCCGCCUUACCUCCCUGCGUGUAGUAGGAGCCCUUAGUGAGCGAGAGUUUACGUUUUGCAUGCAGCGUCAGAAGCGAGUUCUGAAUGUUUAGUGAGUAGUAGAUUAUAAUUUUCUAAGGAAGAAGCACCCUGGUGUACAUUUUCCAAGACUUUAAUGUCCUUAGUGAGUUGGGUGAUUGUUUGUUCCCUCUUACGUUUUAGUGUCGAUGCUAUCCGAAUUAAUUCACCUCUAAGGACUGCCUUAUGGGCCUCCCACGUCAUGAUCGGAGUCGUGUCUGGAUUAGCAUUUUCUCUAAAGUAAUUUGUGGCAGUGUCUUUUAUUUGGUUGAUUGCUUCUGUACUAUUUAGUAUCAAGUCAUUGAGUUUCCAUUGAGCAGUGGGAUUAGGGAUUGAAGGGAUGGUCAGCCUAAAUGUGAGUGGUGCGUGGUCUCACCACGUGAUAGGACCAUAAGAAGCCGUGGUAAUCAGGGGAAGAUGUCUAUGGUGGAGGAAAAUUGUGUCUAUACGUGAGUAAGUGCCUGUGGGUGGCGAGAAGAAUGAAUAGUCUUUCUUCGUAGGGUUGACCGCUCUCCAGCUGUCAUAUAGUUGGGCAUUAUACAGAAUGUUUUUCAUUUGCAGUCUUGAUUGUGUUAGAUAACCCUGUGAGGUGGAAGUAGUGUCAAGAGUUUCAUCUAGGGAGAUGUUGAUGUCCCCUCCUAUUAUAAGGAUCCCUUCGUAGAAAUUUGAUAGUUUGCGCAGUAUUUUGUUGAGGGAUUGGGACUGUUUCUUGUUGGGUAAAUAGAUAUUUGCCAAAGUGAUUUGGGCGUUCCCUAUUUUCCCCUUCACGAAAAUAAACCUGCCUGCAUCAUCUAACUGUUGAUCCUGGUGCGUGAAUUGCGUCUGACGGCUUACGAGUAUGGCCACUCCCCUUGCCUUAGCUUCCGUGUAGUGGCUGAAAUAGCCUCUCGGGUAGUCCCUGUUCUGAAGUCUAGGGGGGGCAUCCUUACGAAAGUGUGUUUCCUGUACGUAAACAAAGUUCGCUUUAUGUCUAUGGAAGUCUGUUAGAGCUAUUGAUCUUUUCUCUGGGAUAUUCAGCCCUUUGGUAUUUUGCGAGACGACAAUUAUGGUGGACAUUGCUGCCGUGUAAUUGUCGCUAAAGGGCUGGAAAUAUUCGCAGUGCUGAGAUAGUUAUGUAUAGUAAGUUGUAUAAUGUAGGUGAGCUGGAGUCUCAGUCAGAUUCUCCUAAGGGAAAAUUCGGGUGUGCAGGUGAGGAAAAGUGGUGGCGUAGGUUACUUCAUAUAGGGACGCGUCCGAGGGGGGGACCAGAGGAUCUCCCAGACCUGCCCUGGGCACCCGGUCGCGCAGCAGACCCAGUAGUCCAAGUAGAGGUCCAGUCCCAGUCUUAGAAGAAUCCGUGAGUGGUUUAAGCUCUCGAUUUGAGUCCCUCGUCAGGCACUACUUGAACCUUAAUGCAUAUACAAUACAACAUAAAAAUCAAAAUGAAGGUACGUAUCGAUAUCGACAGCAAGGUAAUCGUUACAGCACAACAAAAGUAUUUCCUUAACUCUCUAUAACUGGAAUAUUGUCGAUUUGUGGACAUACAUUAGAGAGGAGUAUAUUAAUCCGAAGUAUAUGCCUACGUGGUUCAUGUAUUCUCUGUCUCAAGGAGUAAUCACUGUACUGUGCAGUAAUAUUAUGAAAGUUGUGUUGAUGGUUACACCCAGAGGUGUGUGUGGUAUGUUUCCCUUAAGGGGAAUAUAGUCCUGUCUCGUCACUGGAGAUAGAACCGUAAGUAAAUUGGGGUUGUGUGCUGCGAGAAUGUACCUAGGACCCGGGACUUGUUGAUCCUAUUCAUUUAAUCUACCUUUAGGAGAGAAGGUCAGAUGACCUAUAGCUAAGAGCGUAAACGUUGUAUGGGGGGGGGAAGAGCAGAACUAGGGAGAUCGGUCUGCCAAGCCGAGUCUUGCUUGAGAAGAAUGUUACAGCUACUCAAGAGUAGUCCUCUCGUGUUUGUUUUAUUUAUCAUUCUUAUUUAUGCGUGUUUGUUACUUAGUUAACUAUAUACAUUUCUUUUUUUAAAUUUUUUUUUUAAUGUAUUUUAAUACGAGAGUUACUCAUUUCCGAUUGUUAUCUAAUCUAGUCUCUAAAUUUUGGGGCUAUCCCUCGUGUCUAGUCAAGUUGGUUACUGUGGAAAUGAUGAGAGCUGACCCAGUUGUGUCAGAGGUGAGUAACCUUAACUACGAAUGACAGGCCCCUGCUUAUGACUCAAGGCUACUUCUAAUGUCAGAGUAUGUGGUAGCCGUAACUAAGAUCCCUGACCAAGGACUCUGCCGGGGCCAUCACUUAAAUGCUAAACUUAACUAGAUAAUAUUCGGUAUAGUAAAUAAACAAACAUAAAAACACGGGUAAGAACAAACUGCGUGUGGUAUGGGAGAUGUGGACCCAUGCUUUGUGUCUGCAUUGUCUUUAAAUAUACGACCUGAGAGUGCGAGAUGAGUCUCUCCCUUCAUGGGGAUGGUGAUCGUUGUAGUUUUACAGUCAGCUCUGUAUUUGUUAAGGAGAGUGUCUCAGGGUCAAUGGUGAGUGUGCAGUUUGAUAAGUCCCAAAUGCUGACAUGCACGGGGGUAGGAAGAGGUCAAAGGUGUAAAGCUGCGUAGCGUUAGACAAAAAUCCCGGGUAUGGUGGAAAUGUUGCAACUUCUGUCACUUUAUGUGUCAGGUAGCAUGUAGGAUAUCAUCUCGUAAGGCAGCUUUAGUUGUUAGGAUUUGUUCUCGGUUGAUUUUGGGUGUUGAGCUGUCGUUCCUGUCGGUGGUGAGGUGAGAGGAGCCUGUUCUCUACCCUCCUUGUCUUCGCCGGGGUGGUCCAUUUCUGUCUUUGGGAAGGUUGAGUGCUGUCUUGGUUUGGUAACGGGUAGUUCCAGUCCAUGAUAGCUGUAUCUGGCAAGUCCAGUGCUCUGAGGAAGGGAGGGACGUCUAAGGUUGAGGCAAUUUGAUGGAUGUUUCCUUCGUUAUUCACUAUUAGGGUCGAACGGGAAGCCCCAUCUAUAUCUGAUAUUUCUGUUACGUAGAAGCUCAGUGAUUGGCUUAAGUGCCCUUCUUGCCUGUAAGGUAUACCAGGAGAGGUCUGGAUACAUCUGAAUUGGAUUCCCGUGGAAUAGGAGCGGUUGCGAGGUGUCCCUCAAUGCUCUCAGCACCAGAUCUUUGGUUGUAAAGUAGUGUAGCCUACAAAUGACGUCUCUGGGGGAGUCUUGCGAUAGCCCCCUAGGUCGAAGUGAGCGAUGAGCCCUGUCUAGGAGCAUUUGGCUGGUACCAGAGCCUCCUAUUAUAAGGGUAAAGAGCUCUGUUAAGAUAGCUGUUAAAUCCUCAUUUUGGGCUUCUGGGAUCCCCCUUAUGCGCAGGUUAUUUCUCCUCCCACGAUUAUCUAGGUCGUCUAUAUGUCUCUGGGUGGCGGACAUAAAUUGUAUAUGUGAUUCUAAGGUUGAGGAAAUAUUGGAGAUUUGGGCUUGCAUUGCAUCCUUCUCCUCCUCCAGGUCUGUGACCUUUAGGUUCAUUUGUUGAAUUUCGGAGCCCAUUUCUGCCAAUUUGGUAUGGAGUGUGGCUUCUAAUUUCCCAAUCAUAGUUUGGAGGUCAGAUUUGGACGGAAGAUUCCGCAGCAUGUCUUUUAUGUCUAAGUCCCCGCUAUUAUCUAGCGAUUUUAACGAACAUUCUGACAUGUGGGGGCUUUGUGGCUGCAUUUCCUCUACGGAAUCAGCAUCCGCCAUCUUGGAGGUCGCGGCCGCGGCCUCCAUCUCCCGAUCGAGAUUGUCUUUAAAGUAUCGGGUGAGAGAGCCCGAUUUAGGUAUGGGGGUUUUCCCCUGUUGCCCCUGUACCUGGGUCUGUCUCUUGGGAUUGCCCAUUUCGCGUGUGUCUCUCCGAUUGUAGCGGAUCGUGCCCGGGUCCGGAGGAGCUGAAUCAGAACGCGUCCAUCAGGCUUCCCGGCUAGCCACGCCCACUAGUUCUUUCUUUUAUCCAAAAUGGUUUUAAGAUUUGUUUAGGUUUUUUUAUGUUGAAACAGAAGAACUUUUAAAUAGUAGUAUACUUGUGUACGGCAGAAAAAAAUCAGUUUAGGUGAAUUAAUUUGGUUGAAAAAAAUAAAUAAAUUUGGUCCUCCGUUUUGCAUCGUCUGAACUUCAGCCAUACAAGCAAUUCAGGGAAAACUAUUUGAACGUAACAAAAGGGAGUGAAAAUGAGUCUAUCACUGUACUGCACAAUAUAUACAUAAUAUUUAUAUGUAUACAUAAUAUGCAGUACAGUGAUAUUAUUUUUGCACCUUUUUAAUAAAGCUUAUUUAAGUCAUUAUGUGUUGUUUUCCCAUUCAAAUGUGUUCCACGAGCAAUCAGUAAUAGUGAUUUUUUUUUUUAAAUUCUUUAUUUUAGUUGUGCAUAAGUGGUACAAAUAGCCUUGCAAUGCCACAACAGCGAGAGCAAGCUAACCAAGCAACACAGUGAAACAAUUGUAUGGCAAUUUUUUAAAUUAAAUAGUAUAAGAUAAAACAUGGGAAGUGUCUAACGAUGGUUUAAUCACAAGGGACUCUGAGGGUAAGAGAUGGAAGAAUUUAAUACAUUAAAUAAAAGUGAGAUAAAAUAUGAUGAAAUAACAUUUGCAUUGAAAAUUACAAAUAAAGUGGGUAAACCAAACAUGCAACCUAUGCUGAAAGGGGUGGUUAACAGUUGCCUGUCCGCAUUCCUCCAUGAAAAAGACAGUGCAAGUUCAGGGGGAGAUGAUGCAAAAUGUCAUGUGGGGCCUUCAGCCGAUGCCUGCCAUGGGCGAGGUGCAGCCCCUCACUAUGGCACCAUUCAGUGCCUUAGUACUACCUUUGUGGUAUGUCAGGCCCUGAGCUUUUUUCUGGCUUGCCCUCUGAACUUGAGGCCUCCCAGGUGUCUUCAUUUGUGGUCGGCAGCUGGGUGUAAGCCUGUGUGCUGUGUUCCCUCGGCACCACCAUAGUGGCCUGUGCCUCUUGAGCUGGGCCACCCCAGGAUCCGCAACAAUGCAUUGUUUCCUGGGACUUCAGAGUCUCUGUGCAGGCAAUCAAGUCCAUUUGGCGGGCUGGAGAUACUAGUGUAGCAAGUCCUGACAGAAUUCUUCCCUCCAUUUUGAACCAGGAACUUACGGCUUCCGCCAUGUUGGAUGCAUCUUGCCUAGGUGUCUCCGUAAACGUAGCAGUUGCAAGCCUUCUAUGAAGUAAGGGGACCCUUGUGGUGGGAACUGGGAUCACCCCCAUUGUUUUAUAGGGAGGGGCAUAGGCGGGGCUUCAGCUUCAUAAUAUCACGGGUCUGUGUGCGUCGGAUUUGGAGAUCGGUCAACCCUCCUCGUCAGAACACCUGCAAUGACCUGCCUUGCUUGCAGUCAAUGAGGAUUGCUGCUUGGACAAUCGCUGACCAGCAGCGGAGGCAGGCCCUAACCAGUCAGUUAACACAGUAUGCCAAGGGAAAUUAAUUUGCUCAGGAUGAACAGAAAAAAGUACUGGCGAUUGGACUAAUUCAGUCAGGACUUGCGGAACUCCUAGAAAACUUGUUCAGGUGCCCUUGCAGUCAGGCCCCGCCCACAAUAUUCAUGAUUUCGACCAUUCAGUUACUUUGAGCAUUCAGUUACGUAUUUUAAGCAUUUGGCCUGUCUGAUCACUUGUGUAUUUCUUUAUUAUUUCUUUAAAUUUAUUAUUUAUUGAUUUGAUUUAGGGCUACCCACCAACCAUCAAUCAUCUCUUUUUUUGAAGCCACAGACGGAACUCAAAAUCACAAAAUCAGACAAAAUGUUAAUUGUCCGAGUCAUUUGAUUAGUGGUGUUCUCAUUUUGUGCAGGUGUUACAGCACUUGGCAAAAAUUUGUGCAAAUUGCAACCCACUUGAAACCGAAUGUACAAGUCUAGUUAGUAGCCAUGAGCUUCACUAAUCAGGAUAUUGAAUACAGUAAGCAUUUCAUACUGAAAAAAAGCUGAUGCACACAAACAUGGAAAUCUUUAUAAUGUUGACUGUCUCUUUAAUCUUUAGUUGAUAGUUACUUAGACCUCAUUAAAAUAAUGUAACAUAAUAAUGUAAUAAUGCCUAUAGUAUCAGACUUGAGUCAAAGAAAAACCCCCACUAGACCUACUCUUGAUUUUUAUUUUUAAUAUUCUUUCUUUGGGGGGCGUGGCUAGCUGGGAAACUGAGCAGACAUGUUGGCGUGGAGCUCCAGCUAACCACAUUAAUUAAUUCACUAUAAAGCCAUGAUCUUACAGCCAAAAGCUUUAUCAGAAGCGCUACACUUCACCCCUAACCCCCCCCAACACAGAGAUGGGGCAAAAAACAGAAGAAAAUUAAUCACUGUGAAACCUCCAGAUUGCCCGAUAUCAGGUAAUCAUUUGACAGGCCUAAGAUGGCAUCUACUAGGGCUAGGCGGCAGAGUUCCAGCGACUCAGAGACAUCCCCAGAUGAGGAGAUACCCACAAUCUUCAGGCCACUAGGGAGGUGUAUCGGGGGAUGAAUUCCAAUUCAGAUGACUCCCCGUCCACCAAGGGAGACAUAAAAAAAAUUACUGCUAGAUCUAUGGGAGGUCUGGAAACAAGACCUGGAUAGAGUGAGAUCAGAAAUUAAUGACCUGAAGACGCGCAUCGGGGCAUUGGAAGACCGGGAGGGAGACAGAGAGUGUAUACUUACGGAAACCUGCUCCCAGAUGGAGUCCAUGUCCCAACAAAUCCUACGACUUAUCCAUACUGUGAAUACAAUAGAGGCACGGCACAAGAGGAACCUCUGCAUCCACGGCGCUCCAGAAAACCUGGGCCCUGAGGCCUUACUAGAGUUCAUCAAUAAAGUAGUAACGGAUAUGGGAGCGAAGAAAGCUGGUGAAGCGAUGCCAUAGUAGUAGCAUUCCAUAUCAGAAAAGCCCCAACUGCUUCUGUGGAUGCACCCAGGGACAUCAUUGCUUUCACCCGGGACAUCUCUGUAAACGUGGCCAUCCUGACCCGUUCAAAAAACACACCUACCACCAAUGUCGAGGGCUCCCAAAUUAACAUCUACAAUGACCUGCCUUUUACGAUCUUACUUAAAAGAAGAAAAUUCAUGCCGGUCACCAAGCAAGUGUGGGAACAUGCAGUAGAUACCGCUGGAGAGUGCUGGGCACCUUGGUGGUGUCACAUGGAGCCACAGCGCACUCAAUGUCAUUGACUGACGACCCCGCAGAUUUCCUGCACGCACUUGGGCUAACAUAAACCUCAUCUCCCCCACUAAUGGACGACGCCUCCCAAGCCACAAUUGAUAACAACCGGGAGCAGGAGAGGCGCACUGAAAGGCAAGGAUAUCGCACUCACAAAACCCCCCAUAGGACUGUUCAUAUACAGGACUGCCAGAAGCUCAAGUGCUAACUGUGCAAUGUCAAGGUACCCGAGAGACCAAAGCCUAAAAUGGACUCAGAUAUUUUUUUAUUUUAUUAAUAUAUUUAUUUAUUUUAUUUUUUUCCCUCUCCUUUGUUAGAUUUCUAGUUACGCUCUUUGAAUGGUUGGAGCUCUCAUCACUUACUAAGAUAUUCAAUAUCAGUUCAUUUUCCCCCCUACAUAAGUGAGACAGGUCCCACAUGACUGUGGUAGAGGCUAACAGGCUGAACAUGCAACAAGAGGAGUGAGUGGGGAGAUGCUGGUGAGUGUGCGAAUGCAUGGACAGAGACGAGAUCAGAGGACAGAUAGCUAGGCUUAGUGAUACAUGCAUGACGUGACUUACUGGCACACUCAACUCAGUUUAGCUGGGCCCUCUCACAAGGACGGAACAAAAACAGUGAUGUUGUCUAAAGCACAUGCUAGGCUGUUUCAUAUAUAAGACACAAAGGCAGCAGUUUACAGACUGAGGGCGAGAAAGCCGGAUCGGAAAUGUUGCGAAUGAAUGGAACUGAAUGUAUUGGUCCAGGUGUCUGAGGUGAGAUGUCAGUCACAAGGUGGGGGACAUGAGGGGAGGGAAGGGGAAGAGGGGAGAGGAAAAGAUGAAAGAGACUGAAGUAGUAUGUAGAGAAGGUGUAGAUAUGGGAGAGUGGGAGUGGGAAUAAGGACGCACGGAGAACAUAAUCUCCUCAAUGAACCUUAGCUUGAAAUUUCCCCCUAUAUUUUUGAUGUCUGAUAAUAUUUUUUAAUUAGUUUUUUUUCUUCUUACUUUUAUAUAUAUCCUAUUAUAUAGAUGAAAUAUGAGACCAUCUAUAUUGCUUGAAUCCAUGGUUAAACUGAAGUUGAUGACUUUUUUGUUAUACUGCCACAUCAAAAAUAAAGAAUUUAAUAAAAAUAUAUUCUUUCUUUGCAGCUGGAAUCAUAAGAUCAGAUUGAGUAACGAGUCACAUUUUGCAGGGUAUCUUGUUGGUAAUUAUCAUCUCUUUUUCUGUGUCUUAGUUCAGACUCAACCUCCGACGAAUCUCAGAGCAGAGGAGCAGAUAAAUAAUGGCUACAUGGUGCGAUGGGAUCCUCCAGUUCUUUUUUACAAAAAUGUUGAUUUGUCAUACCAGCUGUGUUACUGGAAGCAGGUACAUAAAUAUUGUAUAUAUAUAUAUAUAUAUAUAUAUAUAUAUAAUGGGCUUACAUUUUGUAAGUAAGAAACACAAGGUAGGUUUCUAGGAGCACUAGCAGUAUCCAGAUAUUAUAGAGACACGUUAUAUGGAUGAAAAUAAAGACAUAUGGUAGCAGAAUAAAGAACAAGACAAAGGGGAAGCACAGAUAGUAGGGACAGGUUGUGCUAGUGGGACAAGGGUAAAGUGACCAACUUAGUUUUCUUUGUCUCUUGAAAGUAGUUGCCAUUUAGAGAUUAGUAGACUAGAAAACUAGAAGAAAGGACGAGAAAGUUCAUUCUAUAAAAAUGAAACAGCCCCGGAGGAGUCUUGAAGAUGAGAAUUGAGUUUUGGGAUAUGAAGUGAGGACACAUUUAGGACGUUCACCACGAAGAGAGACCGCAAUGGAUUUUAUUUAAUACGUUUAUAUUAAUCAUGAGUUGGUUUAUACUAAUUAUGACGGGAAUAAUAAAUGUGUGAAUAUGCAAUAGAGAGUUAGUUGAAUAUUUUGUUUUAAAAGGGCUGACAAUGUGAGCUCCAAUUUUAAGAGUGAAUUUAAUUUUAGAAUGAACCAUUAAUGUGUUUUGUGUCUCACGUCCUUAUCUAAUUAUAUGUUGCUUCUACGUAGGGAGAUCCAGAAUGUCCUGCUGAACUAUUGGUCAAUGUCUCUGGUAAAUUCCCAGAGUACCACAUCUUGAGUUCAGAUCUCCAAGGCAGUACUGUGUACCUAGCCAGAGUACGCACAAGGACUGACAUCAGCCAACCCUACAGAGGUCAUUGGAGUAACUGGAGCAGGGAGACUUCUUGGAAGACAAAGAAAAGUGAGAACCAUUGACUUGAUUAAUAUUUAAUCUGAUAUAAUUUACCUCAUUACUUUACCAUUAUACCAUACUUCUCCAUUUACUUUUAUUUGUUAAUUUAUACUUCUGUUCAUUUUAAAUGUUUUCUCUCAAACUUAGCCAGAUUUAUUUUCAUUUAACUUUGUUUUAUUGAACUAGACUGUGAUGAGAACAUAUAACCAGUAAUGCAUUUCUUUGGGGAGCACGCUGUGUUCUUAUUUGCUUUGAGUGUGAAAUGUUCUUAUUACAGUUUUAUGAUUGUUUUUUUUUCUUUUCAGCACCUGUGAUUAUUUGUGGUGCAUGUAACUUAGAUUCCUGUUAUCAGUAGAAGACUGUACAGCUUAUAUUUUGCCAUAGACGGAAUAACCCUCUAGGUCUUCAUAACAUUGGUUCCCGAACAUUUUAGACCAACACACAUUAAAAUAAGAGAAAACAUGUUCACAGCACACUUACUGGUUUUUAACCUGUACCAGGUGUUUAUAAAAGUCACAUUUUAUUGUAGCCUUACUAGAGAAGUACACAACAUGUAUAGUACAUGCAUAUAGCUGUAAUGGCUUUCAUUAAUGUGGUUAGUUUUAGUAAUUGCCAGAUAACAGUCACAAUUUUAUUGCCAGUAUAUAUUGUCGAUAUAUUAGUCAAAGAAGCUCACGUAAGGGAUGAAUUCAAUAUGUUACAGCCCUACAGUCAGUUUAUUCAUGGCACAAUUUGGGGUGGCUUAUGGCACACCAGUGUCCUAUAAUGCACCGAUUGAAUUAAAACAAAACACUGUUCAUAGCAUUUUGUCUCCAAAAUGAGUCUGCAUUAAGAUUUCUCCUGUUAUCCAUACCACCAUCUUGUGACUACCACAAUAGUCUUCUCAAAAAUGCUAUCUGUGAAAAUUUGGGAUUGGAAGUCUAGUAAUUGAGCUUUUUAUAGACAUAAUUUUUUUUGAGAAAAAUAAAAAGUGAGUCAAAAGUCAUAAUUUUCAAGUGCAAAAGGGGCAGAUGGGAUCAAACAAUUUUGACGCAAUCUCCUUCUCACUAUUUGUUAAUUACAUUGACCUUUUCUGUACUCUAUGGUAUGUUAAUAUAUAUAUAAUAUUUAUUUUCUGUUCUUUUCCAGCUGUCGAUAACACGAUUCUUUAUAUAGUUGCAAUAGUUUGUGUAAUAGUGCUGAUAUCCUGCGUCUUUGUAGGACAUAAAUACAUCAAGAGGUGAGUUCAUAUUGAUACAAAAUGGAGCCUGAUCCUAUGUAUUUAAUGUAGCCUUAUUAACAUUAAAGGUCUUCGUCUUCUUCAUAAUAUCACACUUGCAAAAAAAAAAAAAAUUUUUUUUAAAUGCCAUAUCAAAUUAUGUAUCUGAUUUAAACAUUAAUCAGUAUGACCAAACAAUAAGGGAAUAUAUUUAUAAUCAUAAAACGGAAUAACAAAUUCUAAAAUACAUGCAAAAACCUUUAAAAACAACACCUGUUCAUUUGUCAAUGUUUUUAGGAUCAGUUCGCAAGUGAUUGUAGGCACAGAAUUUCUCCUAAUCCUUAACCGUUCCCAUAAAGUAUGAACAGAACAAUCAACUAAUAUUUUAUACAAAACUGCAUAAUGGAUUAAACCACCAAUAUACUACAUUCAAGUUUUGUAACUUGUAUUUUGACAGAUUCUUGAAGCAUUGGGAAGAAUCCUUUCCAAAUCCCAGCAAGAGCAAACUUCUCAGCAUGUACCCUCUGGUGAGUUACGCAACAUUACCAAUGGAGGUUACAUAGAUGGUGUGAAAUGGUGCAGAAUGCAAUUUAAAGAAUAGGGGAAAUAAGUGAUAAUCAGCUAUGAUGAGUAAGUGAAUAGAUUGGGUAAUGAACAGAAAAUAGGCAGGAAAAAAAUAAAAUGCAUAUUUUGGUGACAAUGAAAAAGGAAAACAUAUAAAUGAAUGGCAGACAGAAUAAAGAAGUGAAUGAUAGGAAAUGUAAGCAGAACAUGUGAUUGAUAGAAAUAGCUCAAUAAUUUCAGUAAAAAUAAGUCACAUAGUAAAGGGUAAUGCUAAACAGAGGACAGAAAGGAAGAUACUGUGUUUUAAUACAUUUCUCUGUUUGUAAAGCGAUGUGUGAAUCCGAGUGUAUCCAUAUUCAUAAAAAAUUAUAAUGCAGAGGAUGAGGAGCCCUCCAUGUUUCUUCAUGAAAGGUAAUAAUCUUUAUAAAGCUUGAGUUAGUGGAACAAAAGAUAUCUGAGGAUGGCAACCACAGAUUACAUGUUCGAUAAGAAAAGACACAGAGUAAUAUGUUGUUAUCUCAAUCUUGAGUUAUAAGGCUACUGUAUAAAUACCGGUACAUGUUUCAAAUAAACCAGUGCGUUUGACUUAAAGAAAUACUCCAAACACCUCAUCCUCUACAGCAGUGGUUCCCGAACUUCUUAGGUUCAAGCCUCCCUUAAAAUUUCAAUAUUUUUCCAAGGCGCCCAAGGCAAAACAUUGUCUAGGUUGUAUAUAUGAACAACGCUGCGGCAUAUACUGGGCCCCUCUUCGGCAGAAAUGCUUGCCUUUCAGAACCUAAUCUUGGGAGGGGCACUGGUAGAUUAUUUAAAGAAACAAUCCAGGCAUUACUUUGUAGUGGUUAUGGUGCCAGUAGUGCUGUAGUGCCCUCCCAGGGUAAGUAGUGAAACUGUUUAAGAACAGUUUGACAACUUACCUAGGAUCUGCCGGGAUAAGGGCUGUAGUGUUUGUGUGUCUGUGAGAGGUGCAAUAUGUGUGUGUAUGAGUUGUGGAGUGUGUGUGUGUGUGUGUGUGUGAGGGGUGCAGUGUGCAUGGCAGAUGCAGUGUGUGUGUGUAAGAAUUGCAGUGUGUGCAUGUAAGGGGUACAGUGUGUGUACAGGGGUGCAUUGAGUUUGUGAAGGAUGUAGUGUGUUUGUGUGUGUGUGUGGGGUGCAGUGUGUGUAAAGGAUAUAGUGUGUGUGUGUGAGCGGUUCAGUGGGUGUAUAUGUGGGGUAGUUUGUGCGUGAGGGGUACAGUGUGUAUGUGUGUAAGGGGUACAGGUUGUGUGAGGGGCACAGUGUGUGGGGGGGCAGUGUGUGUGAGGGGUACAGUGUGUGUGAUUGGUACAGUUUGUGUGUAUGGAGGGGCAGUGUGUUUGUAUGGGGGUGUAGAGUGUGUGUAUGGGGGUAGUGUGUGUGUAUGGGGAGCAGUGUGUGUGUAUGGGGCAGUUAUUGUGGUCUGUGAGAGUAGGAAGGGGGACAGUACUAAUCUCUGGUGGGAAAGCCCUGGUGGUCCAAGUGGUGAGAGUGAAUUCUAGCAGCUCCUGAUGCGUGCAAGCUCCGAGCUUGCAAGAGUAGAACCCGUGAAGCUGCAGGUUAGAAGUCUCCAGGGUCCUCUCUUCCUCCCCUGCCUGCUGCCAGCAUUACAGUGCUAGCGGGCCGAUGAGGGAGAUCUCUGAUCUGGUCCUGCAGAGCCGGCAGUGGAGAGUGAGGCAUGGACGGUUCCCGGUGCUAUGAUCAUUUGAUUAUAGCACUGGGAAAUAUUUUACGGCGCCCCUGUGUGUCUGCACACAGUUUGGGUACCGCUGCUCUACAGUGUGCUGUAGUGGAGCUGCAAUACUACGAUCCAAAAUCUCUGCUGGGAUUCUCCCACAGUUAUGGUGCCAUUGUGCCCCGGUGCCCUACCAAUGUAAGUAAUCAAACUAUUUUCUAUUGGUCUCCCUGGUGCAACUCCCCACCUCUCUCCAACAGAAGUAAGAGCUGGAAGAUCCUGUUAGGAGCUUCCGUUAGUUCUCCUGAUCUAAGCUCUACUAAGUGGGGCCAUCUGUAGUGGUCAUGGUGCUUGGAGCAUUUCUUUAUUACCAUAAUGUUGCAGUAAAUGUCAAUGUUUAUAUGUUUAGCAGGCCUAUUGCAGCAUGGAUCCUUUGAUCCAAAUCUCCUUUUCAGAUUGCUAAUUCUUUUCCUGCAAUAUAUUUACAUAGGCCGCUACUGAAUCCUCUGGUUAAACACUUACUAGAGUUCUUGUGACAAAGGAAUUGAAAUAGUGCAGUUUUUUAACACUAUAGUCACUAUAGUCACCAAAACAAUUUUAACUUAAUGAAGCAGUUUUGGUGUAUAGAUCGCUCCUGCAAUCUCACUACUCAGUUCUCUGCCAGUUCUCUGUAAAUCAGUUUGUUUAUACAGCCCUAGUCACAUCUCCCUACAUGUGACUUGUACACCCUUUCUAAACACUUCAUGUAAAGUGAAAUCAAAUGCUUACUAAUGUUUAAACUUUCUUUAUUGCACAGUCUGUUUGAUUUAAAAGUUCUUAUCUCGAGCACUGUUAAUAGCUAGACCUUUCAGGAGUAUGUGAUUAAAGUUUAAUUUAUAGAGCAAGAGAUAAAAACUUCUAAAGUAAGUUAACACCUUGUUGAAAAUUAAACCAUUUUUUUCAUUCAGGUGAGUUACAGCCAUGAUAAAUGUGGCUAGGGCUACAUAAACAUAAACAAAAGUGAUUUAACUCCUAAAUGGCAGUGAGUGAAUUGAGCAAUGAGACUGCAAGGACAUGAUCUAUACACCAAAACUGCUUUAUUAAGCUAAAGUUGUUUUGGGGACUAUAGUGUUCCAUUAAUACCAAAAUGUCUUACCAUUUUGUAUACUAUUUACCUUCUCUGUGUAACACACAUUCUCAUGAAAUGUGUCAACUGAAUCAGAGCUUAAACAUCUCCAUGUGUAUCUCUCUACCCUUCUACCCAUCUAAUGCCUGAAGUGGAAUAAACAAGUUGAACAAAUAUGUGAAAAUGAAAAAGUUUUUACCUAAACUCAACUGGUUCCACCUUUGUCAAUGUCCUUGUAUGGGUGUAAGUGUAGAUGAAAGAAGCAUUUUGUAGCAAAUCAUUUUUUAGCAUUUCUUUUUUAAAAGAAAAACAUUUAUAACCCUUGUAACACAGACAUUGUUAAUGUCUUAUUUUAUUCUGAAUAAAUAUAGCAUAGACAGGUAUUGUUUUGUGUUUCAGUGUAUGUGAUAAAGAUCUCGUUGUGAGCAUGUUUGAAAUUGUUUGUAUUUAUGUAUAUAAGAUAAGCUUCUCAUUGAAUACUUAUUCAAACUUUAUAGCAAGCUUGUUUUCAAGCAAUGAAUAAUCAUGUGAAUAUUAUUCUGUUCAGAUGAUUUGUCUGUAGUUUUUUCCAUUCAUUAUUUUACAUGACAAUGUUAAUUACUAAUUCUUCCUUAAACUGUAGACAAAAAAAUAUUUUUUGUACCCUCUCACAGAAUUCACCCCUACCUCCUAAACCCAGUAUCUUUAACACUUAUCGCAAGUUACAUUCUAAACACUGUUUUAGUUCGGGUUUCGUAAAAUAAAUAGAUUCCUUAUUUUACUGUUAACCAAAAUGUAUGUUGGUGUCUUUCAUUGUUCCUCCUACUUCUCCUUGGCAGGCAUGUUAAUCUAUUACAGAUUGAAAAAGUAAAUGAAGAAAUAGUUAAACCUGUUGAAGAAGCUCCACCAAUGCCAAAUGACUGCCCUCUUGGACCUUAUGCAUUAAUCCCAACAACAGAAAUGUGUAAUCACUCAAAUGAGAUACCAUCUGGACCCACCGGGCCAAACAUUGAUAACAAUGAACAACUUCCCAGUUCUGCAAUACAGCAAUCCAAGAGUGACUAUAGUGAAUCUAGCUUUAUGUUUGCUCAUGCCCAUGCUAUGUUUAACAUGGGAGGUAGUAAGAUAAAGAACAUGGAGUAUUUUUUACCUGAGCAGGUUACUCCAUUAAGAAAGUCUACCCAACCCAAAGAGCACAGGGACUAUGUGUUAGGUAUGGGAGCACAGGCAACUCCUCAAAUGCCACCACCACAGAGUGGGAUGAAGUGUGGUGUUAAGUGUAAAUGUUAUUCAUCUUUACCAAUUCCUUCUGAAGUCCAGUUUCCCACAGAAGGACCCUUCAUGGUGAUAAACCCUGAUGGAACAGGGCCUGUCAUGCUAAGGCAGGUAGGAGAUUAUUGUUUCUUCCCAGGGCUACGCGGAAGCCAAGACAAAUUAGAAAUGAAGAAGGCACCAUCCACAGAGCAGACAGAGCAGCAUGUCCUGCCAGACCCUGGCCUAACAGCUCUUCAGGCAAUCAAGGUUAUGCACAGUGGUUAUUUUGCCCUACCUCAAACCUAAAGGUUUUAAUUGGCCCCUCCAGUGAGGUGCUACAGUCAGACAAAGUUGUACCUGUUUUAGUAAGAGGCCACAUAGUUAUUGUUUUCACAUCUAGAUUGUGCUUUCUGUCUAUAAGUGUUAUUUACAUUGAUAUGCAUGAAUGCUGUUUAAUUUACACUGAUGACCCUUUUCAUCUUUUUAUACACAUUAAUGAAUGACAUUAAACUACUAGAAACUUGAAACUUAGUGAAAUGCUAUUCAAGUUGUAAUGCUUUCUAACGUUUAACCGUUUAUUAGAUUACUUUAUUUUGCAUCAAUUGAUGUUUACUGCAAAAUUGUAUUUAUUGUGUUCCUUAUUU